CCGCUGCAUAUAUCCACCUACGCCUCUGGAUCUUGAACCCUGGCCUUCGUCUCCUCUCGUUGCCGAAAGGACCUGAGCAGAACCACCACCCACAUCACCCGACCACCACACCAGGCCCACCUUCCUCCGUCAAAACAUCGAUAUCACGACACAGUCCUCUUCUCCGCCGAUGAACCUGUCCGCCGCGGUCGUUGCAAUCCUCUUCCACACCCUUCUUUGGAUUCAGCCCCUGCAGGUCCUGGCCGGCUGCUUGCCCAUCAGCUCGUCCCAGUCGUGUCCUUUCUGGAGCGGUGGAUUCUCGAUCGACACCCAGCUCUUUCCGCAAAUCACGUCGUCGGCCUCAUUCGAUGCGCUCAUCGUCGCGCAGUCCGCGACUGAAGGGUCGUCGCUCUUCUAUGGCACCUCGGGAUGGGCAAGCCAGGCCAUCAUUUCCAUGUCACAGCGACCCGAGGUCCAAACCUGCGCAUACCAUGCCAGCGGCUCGCCAUACACUCCCCAACCCGACUUACUUUACACUCAACCCAUCGCCUGUGCAUAUUACAUCCUCGCCUCGCAAAAGAACUGUCCGGCGCCCACGCCCCCGAAGGCCCUCUGUCCAUCGGUCUGCCAGACAUCGGCCAGCAGUAUGCUCAGCGUUCUCAGGCAGCAGUGUGUCCUGUCUCUGAGUCCCCUCGUCCCCAUCGUGAACGAUCCCUCCUUUGUGGCCCCGUAUCUUUCCAGCUGCCAGGCCCUGCAGAGCAGCAGCUCCAGCAACUGCAUCUCCGAGACAGACAUCGACAAUACUCCGGGUGCAUACUGCGGCUAUGCCCUUGGCGGCGCUCCCGGCUCUCCCCAAGGAUGGAACUCUCAGACCCAGACGGGUUUGCCUCGAUGCGAUGCACUUCCUUAUAGUCAGCAGCCGUGCUGUACUGGCAACUAUCCGACUCCUCAGCCCCCUGCCCCGGCAUCCUCCACCACCACCUCCGCUUCGGCAUCAGUGGCAUCGCUCUCGGCAUCGGCAUCAAGCACGACCGGCCCGCCCGCACCCCUAACGACCCUCACAUCCUCCUCGGCUGGGCCGACACCAACGCCCUCUGCGCUUCCUCAAAACAACGCCUCAAUCCCGCCCGACAGCCGCUCCGUCACGCUCUGGACUGGCCUCGGUCUUGGAGCAUUUCUGUUGCUGCUAACAAGCAUCGUGGCCGCCCUCCUAUACCGCCAAUAUCGCUUCCACCGGAACCACGACGCAUCUGAUGUCGUCAAACUCAAUGAUCUUGGCCCCACCAAGGCGAGCAUGCGCCGGCGCCAAGUUAGCCCGCCGCUGAUCAAAAACUACAAACAAACCACUCCGUUCCGACGAUCGCCCACCCAAAUCAAAGAGCAGGCGGCCCAGAGAGCCAGUGGAGAGGCACAGGCCUUGACCGCCCAGCAGACGUCGCCAGAUCCGUCUCCGGUCUCACUGGCUCCAAAGUCGCAGCACGGGCCUCUGCACAUUCCCUUUUAUGCAACCAUGACUGGCCAACUCUGGAUGUCGGUCAAACAGUUCGAUGCCAGAUACUCGGACGAGGUCUCGGCGUCCAGAGGCGAUCUUAUCCGCGUGCUGUCUGUCUUCGACGAUGGAUGGGCCAAGGUGUGUAUCAUCGACAGCAUCCAGGUGCCAGGGACGGCUGGAUGUGCCCUCCUUCUGCACCCGCAGCCUCGCAAUCUUUGCAGGGCUCACAAAGUCGAUUCUUGCGACAUCAUCUCACUCGCUCACGAUUUCACCUCUAGGCCGUCAACAUCUCUACGCCCGGUGCAGGAGUAUUGCCUCUAAACUACUUGACCCUCGUCGACCAGGACGCUUCCAAAAAUGAAACUGCUGAUGACGAAGCAGUCAGAACCGCUGCUUCGGCUCCCGUCCCUGCCACCACGGGCCCUUCUACAUCCACAGAAACAACCGAAUCCGCCUCUACCGCUGCUCCCGCUACUCCGACUAGUGCGACGCCUGCCAUCGUCGUCAAGGUUGACUAGGUCUCCUCUUACUCUAUCA